UAAAUAACAACCCCUUCCCUAACUGUCUGAGACCUAAAUCCAGCGUCUAGCAGUACUGCCACUGCGAUAAGUCAUGCUGGCUCGGACACCCAUUCCGGGCUUCUGGCUCCUGAUUUGGGCUCUGCUAUGGUCGUUCAGUCUGCAACUGGAUACAUUUUCCUUCGUGAACCCGCCGUCUGACCAGUCGACCAUUCCAAACCCGGUCUACACAGUUGGAGACCCGAUCGAUAUCGAAUGGGUCGGACCCAAUGAUUUCGUUUCAGUGCGAUUGGUUCAUUAUUUAGCAGACAAAGACUUAGACGAGUUUGUCUAUGUAUUCGAUAAUGUCACCAACCUAGAUGGUCACUACACCUGGAUUAUCGAUCUGGGAAGUAUGAACCUUACUGCCUCGUCAACCUUCUUCUUCAACAUCUUCAUCGAAGGGGAGACUUCGCCGCGGGCGUUAACCCACAACAUCACCCUUACUAAUACUACCACAUCGAUCACAUCGACCAUGUCUUCUGCUACAACAACCGCCACGCAUACUCACCGAACCAGUGCCAUCAACACGGCUGCAACCACAACGUCCCUUCCAACAAAAACAGGUGCAUCGUCUUCUCCGACUGCCUCAAGUAGCGGAUUAAGCGCGGGCGCUAAAGCUGGGAUUGGUGUCGGUAUUGCAGUCGGUGCAAUUGCCCUCGUCGCAGCUGGGGCACUCCUCUGGAGACGACGCAGCGCAGGUAAGAAUAUGGCAGAUGGUGUUGUAGCUGGCCAAGCUCCACCACAGAGCUAUGAGCCGGUCAGUCAAAAUACGUAUUCGGAAUAUUACAAACCCAGAGGCGUACCUCCCGAGUUGUCAGAAGCACCAACGAGCCAGCCUCCAUCCGAACUGACAGGGUCUGGGCCAGAGCGUCAUGAAUUGGCGGACACUUCUAGGCAAUAAAAGCGUGGUUAUUGACAACGAGUGGACGAGAAUGAGCAAUAAUCAAAGUGAAGAGAAUAGAAAAGCGAAAAUCCUAAUUGGGGCUGGCGGAGGCAUUUCAAUUUUUGACGUCGAUUUAGUCGCGAGUAUCAUCGCAUACGGUAUGAUAUACCCUGCAUCUGUAAAUAGACCGACUUUCCAUUCUUUGUUGAUUAUUAGUAAUAUACGAGUUAAUAAUAUUUGAUCAAACGUCUCAUCGACAGCAGUAUCAACCAGCUUCGAAGAUUCAACAAUUCAAAUGCGCGACAUCGACCUUUGUGACUUCCUUGACCGGCGAUAUUUCGAUCAACUGUUGUCUCGGAAGUUCUGUGCCGAGCGAGAGUAAGCGGAUGCUUUUAGGAUUGCACGGCACACAGGUGAAGUCAUCUUACGCCGCGUUGCAGUC